AAGUCAUAAUUCAAUCUCUCUCUCUAAAGAACAGUUUCGAAAAAAAACGAUAAAAAUUCAUUUCAUUCACCUGAACUGCAGAAUACAGCAUCGAGGGGACAGCAGGCUCCUGUAAAACUGGUUCAAAACUCUUUGGAAUUGAAUUCCAAGUGGGAAGCAAAAGUAAAAUUAACAAUAUUCCAAAAAUAUGGAAGUACAUGUUAAAAUUGUUUUUAAAAAGCCUGAGAUUUUCUUUUGAUUGAGCGUUGGAGCUGGACCAAGAGCUCGGUUGCCAAGUAACUGCAGACGCUUCCUUCUGAAGUGUUUGGAUCGCGGGCUGUGUCUGGCUUGGUUUUAAUUUUAAACCGCGUUACAGACCCGACUGCUCGAGUUGGCGGAAUGAAGAUGAACUACUUGGAAACACAAAUUCCUUGGAAUUAAUGGCUGAAGUGACAGUUCUCUUUCCAUUAUGGAAUUAAAUGGUUCAUUUUCCAAAUCAUUGACUACACCAUUGGUGCCCGGUACAAGUACCAAAAUACAGAAACACAGGCAUAUUUCCACAAAACCAGACACCACAGUGCUGGUUGCUGUAGCUUUGCAAGAUCACAUUAUUAGGAAUCUGCGGCUCCAAAACCUUUCAUUGUCUGAUGGUUUUAAAACAAAACCACAGGCUAAAGUGGGUUGCAACAGGCCCAUUGACAGAAGCACUGUGAAGCCUAUAGUGGACACAGGAAUAAGAAGGAAAGAAGUAAAAAAGAAAAGGAAAGAAGACGAGGAAAAAGAGUAUGUUUUGGAUCCAAAACCUUCGGGUCUUACUUUAGCACAGAAAAUGGGUCUCGUUGAUGCACCUAAAGCACCGUUAACAGACAAUGAAUGGCAACUGGUGAAAAAACGAUCAAUACAACAGGGAGAUUCAGCACAGCCUUGUCCCAUAUGCAGAGAAGAAUUUGGUAUGCAGGAACAGGUGCUGUUGUCUUGUUCUCAUGUUUUUCAUAAGAUUUGCAUGCAAGCCUUUGAAAAGUUCUCUGGGAGAAAGAAUUGCCCCAUGUGUAGGAAGGAACAAUACCAGACCAGGGUAAUUCAUGAUGGAGCUCGACUGUACAAAAUAAAAUGUGCUACAAGAAUUCAAGCUCACUGGCGAGGAUAUGUUGUUCAUAAAUGGUACAAGGAGCUGAGACACACUGUGCCUCCAAAGGACAGGAAAUUGCGAAGAAGGUUCUAUGAAGACAAGCUACAAGAGAUUAAUGACAGAUUGGUGAGGUCAUGCAAAGUGGAUAUUGAUAAACUCUUUUCUGAAAUUGAUCAGUCAGUGGCUACAAACAGAAGAGUGCUUCAGCAAUUAGAGAGGCAAUGUGUUCACGUUAUAUCAGAAGAAGAGUGGGAACGAAUACAACUUAAGGCAAUACUCAGGGAGGUAUUCGAUUGUCCAAUUUGCAUCACUCCACUGGAUCAUUUUAGAAGUUCAACAUGCCACGUGGCUGCUGAUGGAAGAGAGAAUUGUGGUCCGUCUGGGCGGCAAACAGUGCUGUUGUCCUGCUCUCACACCUUCCACUACACUUGCUUGAAAGCCUUUGAGGACUUUUCUGAGGGAGAGAAACAUAUUUGCCCAUUAUGCAGAUCAACCUAUGAAAAGAAGAUUUUAUGAAAAUUAAAAUGAAGCUUUUUUUCUUGCAAUUCAAAACAACUAACUCCGCAAAUAUCUUAGAUUAUUUAAUAUUUGAAUAAAAGCCUCCUCAUGGUCUCGCUUUAUCAUUUUACAUGUGGCAGAAUGGUGUUUAUGCAGCCUGUGUGGAUUGUGCGCAAGAAUCGGGAGCCAUGUGGUCAAAGGACAGCCCUUACCACCCAGCAGUCACUCUAUGUCUCGCUGUAGUGAUGCAAAUGUAGAUAAAAUAACAGACUAUUGCAGGAUUAAGGAAUUAUACCCUCUUACAGGGAUAUUGGAUAUUGACCGGCUUGCUAUUAACCCUGUAACCUUAUACAAUGCUAAAUCGAAAACAUGCUGCUUUAAGAAAAUCUCUUGAAAGCAUUCUAUAAACUCGUCAACUAGACUACUACUGCCACAUUAGUCUACGUGUAAACUGGAAGAAACAAAGUCCCACAUGAUUUGUCCCUUUAUAAAAAGCACCCAAUAUUUCUUGUUGUAUACCUAACCCCACAUUGUGAUUAAUGUUAUGGGGCCAGUAGACCGGUCUCACUUGUGACUUCUGCCACCUGCUACUCAUUUCCACCCAGACCAAUUCCACAACUAAUCAUUUGAACCAAAGUAAUCUCAACUAUUGUGCACGUGUCACCCCUCAGCUUUUACCUAGCCUCCAAUUUUUUUUCCUUGAAAGCCCUAUUUACAAUUAAUUAAUAAAUAAUUAAUAAAUUUGGAAUAAAAAGCUAAUCUCAGCACCAAUGAGCAUAAAACUAAUAUAUUUUGUUAAAUCUCAUCUUGUUCACUACCUAACAUGGUGUGCUCAGGCAUACAAGGCUAUGGGUCAAGUGUUGGAAAAUGGGAUUAGAAUGGUUGGGGUGCUGGCACAGACUCAGACUGAAGGGCCUUUGUCUAUGCUGCAAAUCUCUCGGAUUCUAGACCCACAGCAACUUGGUUGACGCUUAGCAGCUUUGAAGUGGCCAAGCAAACCAAACUGCUACAGAAACAUCAAAGAAAAUAUAACUGUACAAUCCACCUAAGCACUGAUCUAUUCACUGCCCUUUAUGUACAGCUUCCGCUAACACCACAUCCAGUCUUGAAGUGUUAUACCCAAAACACUGACUGCUCCUUUCCUUCAGAUGCUGCCUGGCCUGUUGUGUUCUUCCAGUGUCCUGUUUCCAUCUUCCAAUUCACCUUGGCUUCCAGCAUCUGCAGUUCUUUUGUCACUGAAUCGAAGGCUUAGCUGUCACUGAAAAAUAUGUCAAUAAAUGGAUCUCAAUACGGAGUGUGGUGAUAGUGCUCCUACCUUUAAAUCAUGAGGGUGGGUUUGAAACCCACCUGCUCCAGAGGUAUGUUGCAACACGUCUGACCAGGUUUGUUAAAAAUAAUUACAAACAAGCUUUAUGAAAAGCAAUUC